AUGUUCGUUCUUGCCCGGCUCAAGGACACGCUCCCAAUCCACCCCUCCCAGUUUUCACUCCCUGGUCACGAAGCUCUCACCUACGAGAUCAACAGGAAGUAUUCCGACCGUGUAUUGCACGAUGUCGGCUUGUGCAUUGUCCUGUUCGACAUACUCGAAUGCAGCGAGGGUAGGGUCAGAUUUGGCGACGGUUGCUUGUGGCAUAAGGUGACGUUCAGAAUGGUCGUUUUCCGACCUUUCGUGGGCGAGGUCCUAGUUGGCGAAGUGAAAGGCUGCGCUGAGGAAGGUGUUCAAGUAUCACUCGGAUUCUUCGACGACAUCCACGUUCCUACCCGUCUCCUCCCACCUCACACAACCUGGGAUCCAGAAGACCAAGUGUUCUUCUGGGCACCACAGCUCUCAGAUGGACAAGAUCCACUCGACAUCCCAAAGGAAGAGCGGUUCACAGUUGAUGUGGGGGCGAAGAUCAGGGUGUGUGUGGACGGCGACGAGUUUGUCGAGGAAGAGCCGAGCAAGGGGCCGAUAAAGAGGAAAGCUGCAGCCCCUGGUGCUGUGGGCGUAGCGGGGAUACCGGGAACAUUUGGGGAGGAGGAGGAAGCACUGAGACGUGCCCCCUAUUCAAUCACGUGUGCUGCGAGCACAUCUGGCUUGGGGCUUGUCGAUUGGUGGGUGCAGACAGUCGCCGAAGAGGAGGGGAUGGAAGAGGAGCAGGAAUAG